UGGAUCAUGUUUAUCAUGACAUUUUCGUGACUAGUGACGGUAAGGUGUAAGACGCAACAAAUAUACUCACCAAAAUGUUAGCGAUAUGCAGCGUUGAUAAUUUUAGGCUUUGAAGUUCCACUCUAUUUUCGGGCAUAAACGAGAAAUUUUUGCUUUGAGUCGGCAACGCAAAAGUUCCAACACACAAGGCGGUACACUCUGGACUGAUCAACACCUUACAGGGAGACCAUACUGCACAGCUCCUGUAGGGAUAACUAAGAAGGGUGUUGGAUUGUUUACGGAAGAAGGACUGAAGAGACGCUCUGAUACCAUGGCAGAAGGAGGCAUGAGUCAUCGGGAGAAAGAUGGAGAGCUCUUGUACCCAGCUGUUGACACAUAUGGACCUAUAACAGUACGAGGUAGUGAGUUAGAGCCAGGCAAAAAGAAAAAGUGGUGUACCUGUGGACUUAGCAAAAAAGCUCCUUGGUGUGAUGGUGCUCAUAAGAAGACUGGUUUCCGUUCCCUCAAGUGGGAGGUCCCUGAGAAGCCCCAGUCCGUCUACCAGAUAUGUAACUGCAAGUAUACCAAGUCACCUCCGUACUGUGAUGGGACCCACACCAAUCUUCCUCAAGAGGUUCUGGAGAGACAGAAGAACUGUCCCAACAAGCCAACCCAUGAAGAAUGUUUAAAGAUGUGCACUGGAUGUGGGUGGAAGGUGGACUUUUGAUGUUGGUUUAAAGACAUAGAUUACUAUGCAUGGGACCACAAUAUUCUAGGAUGGCAGUUUUAUGCCCCAGUCACACUAAGAGGACCAACACCAG